AUGUCAGUAUCAUCAUCGACAUCUAACUUGGGUGAGCUUUCUGCAGCUCGUUACGGCAAGACCAAAGUCAGGGUUUUCCGCAUUGUGCGAGAAGGCAAAUGGCAUCACAUUGUCGAGUACAAUGUGCAGGCUCUUCUGGAGGGAGAGAUCGCUGUAAGCUACUCGGAAGCUGAUAACUCAGUGGUCGUUGCCACCGAUUCCAUCAAGAACAUCACAUAUUACCUGGCUAAGAUCUCCCCACACAUCCUGAACGCCGAAAAAUUCGCUCUCCAUCUUGCAACUUUCUUCGUCUCCAAGUAUGCUCAUAUCUCGAAGGCGUUUGUUGAGAUCGAGCAGCUCCGAUGGACGAGAAUCCAUGUUGCCGGCGAAGAAUCUCCUGAAGGACACCCUCAUUCCUUCUUCAGAGAUGGAGACGACAAGCGCAUCGUUAAAGUCGAGGUUGAUGGUAGUGCAGGAAAGGACAAACUUGUGGGCAAAGUGACCGCGGGUAUCAAUGAUCUCCUGGUCCUGAAAUCUACUGGAUCCGCGUUCGAGAACUUCUACCGCGACGAAUAUACGACCCUUGUGGAGGUAAACGACCGCAUCUUCUCCACCUCCGUCGACCUGUCGUACACCUUCACAAACAUCCCUAUUGCCGCCCCUACCGAUGAGAAGAAACUGGACUUUGUGAUUCCUGUCCAAAAGGGAGAGACUGGGUAUGCAGGAAGUGUGUGGGACGAAGACGUGCCUGCUCGUGCUCGUGCAGCUACUCUCGAGACCUUUGCUGUUGAUGAAAGUGCCAGUGUACAGGCUACAUUGUAUAAGAUGGCCCAGCGCAUCGUGGCUGAAAAUGACUCUGUCCACUCAGUGACAUAUACCCUGCCCAACAAGCAUUAUAUCCCCGUCGAUAUGAGGUACCUUGAUGUCGAUAACCUGACACCAUCGAAAGCGGAGGUGUUCGUCCCAAUUGCUGCUCCAAGUGGCCUAAUUUCUGCUACAAUUACUCGAAAGUAA